AUGUUCAACUGGAUACAAAAGAAGCUCAAUGGGCGACGUGUAGGCAAGAAACAAGACUCGGUUUCAUCGGCUAAUCUCUACAAACAGCAAGAGCCACGCAAAGAAGAAUUUAUCGACUGGUAUAAAGGAUUGCUAACAAUUGGGACAAUUGGAAAUGAAAACUUACUACCCGAUCUUCAACAAAAUCCUUCUUUGUCUCAAGAUCUUACCCUUGAAGAAGAGGGAAAACUUCAAAAUGAAUUGAACUUGUCAGAAGGUGACCCUGAGGAUCUUUCGUUGGAUGACAUUCUCGACCAUUCAAGCUCGGCAGUUGAAGAUCAAUCGACCAUUCUAGCAAGUGUAGUCUGCAGCAAAGGGAAAGAUAUUUGCAAUGACAAUACUAAAAGGGCAAUUGGGAAAAAGUCAUUAGCUUUUCUGGUUAAGAAGGUGAUUGCUUGCAGAGGUGGGUUUGCGCCUAGCCAUAGUUUAAGAGAUCCCGUCUCAGAAUCACGAAUGGAAAAGAUAUUGAGGGCAAUUCUCCACAAGAAAAUAUAUCCCCAAAGCUCCAGUGCAACAUUGUCUACUAAAAAGUACUUGGAAAACAGAGGGCUUAACCUCAAGUCUGCCGAAGAGGAUGAGAAGCCGGCCAAGGGAAGUAAAUGGGUUAAGACAGAUUCUGAAUGUAAGUUCCUUUGA